GAAGUGAAAAUUUCUUUGCGUGGUCUCAGGUCUCAGGUCUUAGUCUCAGCGUCAGCAGCAACAGUUGUAGCUUAUUGGCUUCGAGUCUUGGAUCUUUUAGAAGGUUUUAAAUAACCGUUCAGAGUUGAGGUUGCCUUCAGUUUGGUGCUUAAACGCGGGACGCGCAUUUCUUAUUUCGCGCAGAGCUGGCUGAUUGGUGUUCGCUUUUUGAAUUCUUUAAUAAAUUUAUUACAUUUUUACCACGAUACAGUUCGGUAAAUAAUUCACAAGACCAAUGCACAUGAAUGGAUACAUUUUAUUUAAUGGAUACUUCAUCGAAUUAGCUGUGAUUUUUCGCGGAGUUUAACUUUAUACAAUUUAAACUGGAUGCUUUAAAGUAUUUUUAAAAAAUCGAUAUAAUUAAAAUUAAUACACCCUAAUAAAAUUAUUUAUUAUGUGGUUAUUGUGACACAUUUUGUUUUUCUACAAGUUAUGCAUUUUAUAAGGUGCAAUUUAUAAAGUGCUACAAAAAUAAAAAAAUAAACAAAUUAAUUUUCCAAAACCAACUUGAUAAUAUUGUAAUCAGAAGAUAAUUAAAAUUUUAAGGAACAUCAACGGUCACAUAAUGUUUGUGAAGUGGAUUUUUAAUUUUGGGUUGAACAGUUAUCCUGUGUUCCUGACAAUAUUUGUCAUACUUUUGGAUACUAAUCGACUUGCCCGUGCCGUACGUGUUGGAUCGCCAUCAAGAGUUAAAGAUCAAUCAUCGUCAGGCUCAUAUUGGCAAACUCACGUGGUAACACCAUCAUCAUCUUCAUCAUCAGUAUUAGAUUCGCCUUUCUUUUCGGCGACCCAUGGUCUCGUGCAGACCCAUCCCUCAUUAGGAGGCAGUAGUAUACCCCGACCAUUGACAAGUAAUAGUCUUGGCAGUGGCAGCAAAAUUGGCAGUACAGCUUAUGUAGCUCCGAGUGUUGGAGGAGCUCUGAAUUCAAGACAGAGUCUUACUGGUGGACGAUUUGGUUCAACUCCAGCAAUAGCAGUUAAUCCAAACCCUAAGUCACCAUUUCGUCACUUAGAUUAUGCAACAAGUGCAACAGCAGAACUUAGGAGAAAUCCAUCCUUAUCUGCACCAGAUGAGUGUGCACGUGCUUGCCGAGAAGGUGAACCCCCGAGAAUUUGUUACUAUCAUUUCACAUUGGAAUACUAUACAGUACUUGGAGCAGCUUGCCAAUUGUGCACACCAAAUGCAACGAACACAGUCUGGAGUCACUGUCAAUGUGUGCUUGCCGAUGGAGUUGAACGUGGAAUUCUCACCGCGAACCGUAUGAUCCCGGGACCAAGUAUCCAAGUUUGUGAGAAUGACAAAGUUGUAAUCGAUGUAGAAAACCACAUGGAAGGUAUGGAGGUGACACUCCACUGGCAUGGUAUUUGGCAACGUGGUUCCCAGUACUACGAUGGAGUACCAUUUGUGACACAGUGUCCAAUUCAACAAGGAAACACAUUUAGAUACCAAUGGACGGGCAAUGCAGGAACACAUUUCUGGCAUGCACAUACUGGCCUUCAGAAACUCGAUGGGCUCUAUGGUAGUAUUGUUGUUCGUCAGCCACCUUCUCGCGAUCCCAAUUCCCAUUUAUAUGACUUUGAUUUAACUACACAUCUCGUGCUAAUAAGCGAUUGGUUGCACGAAGAUGCCGCAGAAAGAUAUCCAGGUCGUUUGGCAGUCAAUACUGGUCAAGAUCCCGAAUCGUUACUCAUAAACGGAAAGGGGCAAUUCCGUGAUCCAAAUACCGGAUUCAUGACUAACACGCCAUUGGAAAUAUUCACUAUUACUCCGGGUCGUCGCUAUCGUUUCCGUAUGAUAAAUGCAUUUGCCUCAGUUUGCCCCGCUCAAGUGACAAUUGAAGGACACGGAAUGACGGUAAUAUCCACAGAUGGUGAACCAGUGCAGCCAGUUGUGGUUAACACAAUUAUUUCAUUCUCUGGCGAACGUUACGAUUUCGUUAUCACGGCUGAUCAACCCGUCGGAGCUUAUUGGAUUCAGCUUAGAGGCUUAGGCGAAUGCGGUAUACGUCGGGUGCAACAAUUGGCCAUUCUGAGGUAUGCUCGAGGUCCAUAUCAACCUGCGUCAGCGGCACCAACUUACGAUGUUGGUAUUCCACAGGGUGUGGUAAUGAAUCCAUUGGACGCUCAAUGUAACCGAGUUCGCGAUGAUGCUGUUUGUGUAAGUCAACUUAAGAAUGCACAAGAAAUCGAUCGGGGAAUCCUGGAUCCAAAGCCAGAUGUCAAAAUUUUCCUACCAUUCCGAUUCUAUCUUUAUACUCCUGAAGAAUUGUUCCAGCCUAACACCUAUAAUAGGUUUUUGGUUGCCCCUACUGGAGAUCAUGUCAUCUCGUUGAUCGAUGAAAUCUCCUAUUUGUCGGCUCCAGCGCCUCUUACAUCACAGUUUGACGACAUCACCCCCGAGCAAUUUUGUAACGGAGACAAUCGUCCAGCGGACUGUGAAGCCAAUUGCAUGUGCACCCACAAAAUCGAUAUUCCUCUAAAUGCUGUCGUUGAAGUUGUUGUAGUUGAUGAAGUUCAACAACCAAACUUGAGUCAUCCCUUCCAUUUGCACGGAUACGGAUUCAAUGUUAUUGGUAUUGGUCGUUCACCCGAUAGUAACGUUAAAAAGAUCAAUUUGAAACAUGCCCUGGAUUUGGACAGACGUGGUCUCUUGCAUCGACAGUAUAAUUUACCUCCAAUCAAGGACACAAUCGCUGUCCCCAACAAUGGUUACGUAGUUUUAAGGUUUAGAGCUGAUAACCCUGGAUUUUGGUUAUUCCAUUGUCAUUUCUUAUUCCACAUUGUCAUUGGAAUGAAUCUGAUUCUUCAAGUUGGUACGAACGCCGAUUUGCCACCAGUUCCUCCAGGUUUUCCGAGAUGUGGUGACCAUUUGCCGCCAAUACCUAUUAAUUAAUUUUAAAUCUUUAUUUGUAAAAAGAAAACACAGACUACCAUCUAUCACCUCUCUUAUCCCAAUACUACUCGUACACACUACAAAAUCGCUUUAGACUGUUAAUACAAAAACACAAAAAUGGUGAACUUUAAGUCUUAUGACAUAGUUUAAUUUUGAAUUUUCAGUUUUUAUUUUUGUUUAUCGUAACUUUAUUGUUGUACCUAUAACGAAGCCAUGUGCAUUGUGCAGCAGUCAUAUCAAAUAGACUAUGAAAAUUACAAAUUUAAUAUCAUUUGUGCAUUUAAAUAGAAAAAUCUCUAUUAACUAACGCGAUACCUAAACUUCCAGACUAUACACAUUAUAUUCUAUUCUUCACCGCAUAAAAUUUAUUUGUUCACUCAUAAUUUUCCAUUUCAAUUCAAACUGAAUAUUUCCUUUUCAUUUUUUUUAAUUUUGUAAAUUUCGUAGAACGACAUAUAAUAAUUAAAAAAUAGUAAACAAAGAAAAAGUCUUGCCUUAGAUGAAUCUUCUGACAUUGGACGUAACUAUUCUUUUGAUUUAUCUUUACUUCAAAAUUUUAAAAUCUUCUUUAAAAAACAAAUUCUUUUAAUACGCUAUUAAAACUUCAUUUAAAAAAUGUAUCAUCAUUAUUAAAAAAAAAUCACCUACGUCCGAUGUUUAGUUAAAUUAAGCUUUUGUACAGAAUUUUUAUUUUUAUUUUAGCUUUACAAACAGUUAAAAAAGUAAAUAAUUUAGUAUUCUUCUUCACACGUAAUGGUUCUAAAAAAGAAGCACUGUAUCAAAAUACCUAUGUAUAGUACUUUUCUGAAAUGACACACAUUUUAUUUUAUGGAACGACAAGAAUUUACAUAUAAAUCAGUUCUGAUAAUUUUAAUUGUAAUAUAAUAUGCCUUAAUUAUUUACAGUUAUACACACAUAUUUAUGUAGAAUAAUUAUAUUGUAAAAAAUCUUUCUUUUUUGUGUUUUUCCUUGUAAUUAAUUCUGUUUACAUUGAAAUUUGUGUAAAAAGAAGGAUAAUACAAGAUACAACGUAAACGAAGACACUCCCAAAUGUGCCUGAGUGGUAGAGUUAAGUUUAAAACAUAAAAGUUAAUAUUAUUUAAAAAAAAAAUUAAAAAAAAGUUAACAAAAACUUUAAAGUAAAAGUGUUCAGACAUAUAUACAUAAAAAAAAUGCUUUAUUUUGUUUCUUAAUGUUUAAAAAUUUAUAAAUAAAAAUAUUAUAUUGUAUAAAAUAUUUUUUA